AUGACUCCGGCUGUCAAGUACGCCCACGUGCAAGGGUUCACAGAUCCUGAAACAGACCCUGAAGACCCCAGCCUGGUAACCUGGGAUGGUCCCAAUGACCCGGAGAAUCCGCUCAAUUGGAGCAGGGCGAGGAAAUGGACUGUGACGAUCCUCGUCUCUUGCUUUACCUUCAUCUCUCCCGUCUCCUCCACAAUGAUCGCACCUGCACUUUCCACCAUCGCAGUGGAGUUUGACAUCCGAGGAAACAUCGAGCAAUACCUGGUGAUGUCUAUUUUCCUCCUCGCAUAUGCAGUCGGGCCGUUUAUAAUCGGCCCAUUAUCCGAAAUUUAUGGCCGUGUGGUGAUCCUGCAGUCUGCCAAUCUUUUCUAUCUUAUUUUCAACACAGUGUGUGGCUUUACACGCUCACGGCAAGAAAUUCUGGCAUUUCGCUUCUUGAGCGGCCUGGGAGCAAGCGCGCCCCAAGCGAUCGGAGGAGGCGUCCUGAGCGAUUGCUUCCGGAAAGAAGAGCGCGGAACAGCGACAGCCAUCUAUAGCGUCAUGGCCUUUCUUGGGCCUGCAGUCGCACCAAUUGCUGGCGGCUACCUGACCCAAUAUUUGUCGUGGCGAUGGGUCUUCUGGGUCGUCUCGAUGGCCGACGCGUUGGUUCAAUUACUGGCCUUUUUCUUCCUACCUGAGACGUACGCGCCGAAGAUUCUUGCGGACAAAAAGAAGCAGCUUCAGCGGAGAACCGGUGACAAAUCGCUUCAUACGGAAUAUGAACAGUUGGACCGCUCAUUUGGUCAAGUCCUUCGUAAGAAUCUUGUCCGACCGUUCGUGAUGCUCGGUACACAACCUGCUAUUCAGGCUCUCGCUUUAUAUCGCGGCUACCAGUAUGGUCUGAUGUAUCUAGUUCUGGCAUCUUUCCCUCUAGUCUGGGAGAAUCACUAUCAUGAAGAUAAGGGCACUGCCAGUCUGAACUACCUCUCCCUCGGAGUAGGCUUUAUUAUCGGCUUGCAAUUCUCCGGCCAGGUUCUCGAUAAGGUCUACAAAGCUCUGCAGCGACACUACAACCAUCCAGGCCGCCCAGAAUUCCGCAUCCCUCUCAUGAUUCCCGGUGGACUACUCGUUCCCGCUGGUCUGUUUCUUUAUGGCUGGACCGCUCAGGUCAAAACCCACUGGAUUGUGCCAAAUAUCGGUGCGGCAAUCUUUGCCAUCGGCCUGAUCAUUUCCUUUCAAUGUGCACAGACAUAUGUCGUUGAUGCCUACUCACGAUACGCCGCGAGUGCGACAGGCGCGGCCGCUUUCGUGCGGACCCUGGCUGGCUUCGGAUUUCCGCUUUUCGCAGAUAGUCUAUACCGGACAUUGGGACUUGGCUGGGGCAAUAGCUUGUUAGCAUUUGUGAGCCUAGCACUGGGCACGGUCGCUCCUAUUCUACUCUGGUUCUAUGGGGAGUGGCUCCGCGCCAAAAGUCCCUACUGUGCUGGCUAA